CCCGCCCCUCCUCCUCACAUGGCCUCCGUGUGCCGUGCACUUGUCUCCCGGUAACUUUGCUCCGCUCCCGGCGGCCGUCCUCCUGCUUCUGCCUCCCGCUUCCCUCGGCCGCAGGGUGGAGUUUGCCGCUCUGCCGUGUGUGUCCCUCCGGCCGGGCCUUGUCUCCUCGCCCAGGAAGUGUUUGUUGCUGCAGAGACCCACGUGUGCGCACCAUGGAGCUGGAGGAGCUGGGGAUCCGGGAGGAGUGCGGGGUGUUCGGCUGCAUCGCCACUGGCGCCUGGCCCACGCAGCUGGAUGUGCCUCAUGUCAUCACGCUGGGGCUGGUGGGCUUGCAGCAUAGGGGGCAGGAAAGUGCAGGCAUUGUGACCAGUGAUGGAAGUGCUGUAUCCACAUAUAAAGCACAUAAGGGUAUGGGUCUAGUCAACCACGUGUUCAGUGAGGAGUGUCUGAAGAAGCUGAACAUGAGUAAUUUGGGAAUUGGCCACACAAGAUAUUCUACAUCUGGAAAUUCAGCUCUAGAGAACUGCCAGCCAUUUGUGGUUGAAACGCUGCAUGGGAAGAUUGCAGUAGCUCAUAACGGGGAGCUUGUAAAUGCAGCCCAACUAAAGAAGAAGUUGAUGCGUCACGGUGUUGGCCUGUCCACAAGCUCUGACAGUGAACUGAUCAUACAGCUCCUGGCCUUCACACCUCCUACGGAAGAAGAUCACUCUGCUGACUGGGUGGCACGAAUAAAGAACUUGAUGAAUGAGACCCCAACUUCGUACUCCCUUCUCAUCAUGCACAAUGACGUUAUUUAUGCUGUACGUGAUCCCUAUGGCAAUCGUCCGCUCUGCAUCGGGCGGCUCAUUCCUGUGACAAAUGAAAAAAGAGUGAAGAACCCAUUGGAGACGGAGGGUUGGGUAGUGUCCUCUGAAUCCUGUAGCUUCCUCUCCAUUGGUGCAGAGUACUACCGUGAAGUCCUACCUGGGGAGAUUGUGAAAAUCUCUCGUGAUGGCGUACAGACUCUGGAUGUUGUGCCCAGAUACCGAGAGAGAGACCCAUCUGCUUUCUGUAUCUUUGAGUAUGUUUACUUUGCUCGGCCAGACUCCAUUUUUGAAGGUCAGAUGGUGUAUUCAGUCAGAAGAAGGUGUGGACAACAGCUGGCUAUUGAGGCCCCAGUAGAGGCUGACCUGGUCAGCACCGUGCCAGAAUCUGCAACACCUGCAGCUCUUGGUUAUGCAGAGAAGUGUGGUAUUCAGUAUGUGGAAGUGCUCUGUAAAAAUCGCUAUGUCGGUCGCACCUUCAUUCAGCCAAACAUGAGGCUACGGCAGCUUGGUGUGGCUAAAAAGUUUGGCGUCCUGUCGGAUAACUUUGUUGGCAAGAGAAUAGUUCUGAUUGAUGACUCCAUUGUACGAGGAAACACCAUUUCUCCCAUUAUUAAGCUGCUGAAGGAUUCUGGAGCCAAAGAGGUUCACAUAAGAGUGGCUUCUCCACCAAUAAGGCAUCCUUGUUAUAUGGGAAUUAAUAUUCCGACAAAAGAAGAACUGAUUGCGAACCGCCCCGAGUUCCACGACCUGGCAGGGUAUAUUGGUGCGAACAGUGUGGUUUACCUGUCUGUGGAAGGACUCACUUCGGCCGUGCGUGAAGGCAUUAAACAUUUCAAAGAUGAACAGAAUGGAUUAAAUGGCACAAACGCACACCCCACUUCCCAAGGCCACUGUACAGCAUGCCUUACUGGCGAGUACCCAGUGGAACUGGAAUGGUGACCACCUCCAAAUUGCGUCAGCUCGUCGUCCUUUAGCUUCCCAGUUGGACAAUGGGGCUCACUGAAGUAGAGAGAAGUGGGGGUGUUAUCCAUAGCUGCCAGUGAAAUUAUUUUAAUUUUAUUUUCUUUCAAUGAAGAUUAACCCCUUAACUUUAUCUUUGUUACUGUGGGCGACGAUGCAGUCUUUUUUUUUUCUUCUUUUUUAUGGGUCCGACUGUUUUAUUUAUUUUUAGAUGAAUGACUGCUGCUACCACAGAAUAAUUGUCAGGGGCGUCUUUCUACUGACAAAACGUGGACCGACUUUUUGAUGGAACUUUUGAAUUCUGUAAAUCACCUUUUUCUGGCCUUUGUUCUUAAAGAGGCUCCGUCACCAGUCCUGACAUGUCUGUGUUAUUAUAUACAUCUUAUCUCAUAACUCUACUCUUUGCUGUUCCUCUAUUAUUCCUCCUGAAUAUGUCCUAAAUAAAUUGACAACUGUGUGUAUCCUAACAGUCUGACACUGUCAGUGGGAACAGAUGACCCCAACUGGUAACACCUAAAUUUCCAGAUAGCACAGAAUUUAUUAUUUCAUGGUGAAUACAAGUCUUUACUAAAUCAGCCAUGUCAGGAGAGGUUACCAGUCCUCUUUAAUGUCCAGGCAUAUCUGAUUGUCUUUUUUAUUUUUGUAUUAAUGCAGUGCAUAGUGUCACACUCUUCCUUCUUUAUUGUGCAACACCUGGAGGACUGGCAAUAAAGCGCUUUUCUUUUUUAUGUUGGUGCAAGUGCAUUCUAACACAAACCUGUGUUUGGGGAAAGGGAGAAAGACACACAUUAUCCCUGUACAUACGUUUUUGGAGAUUUGUCCCGAAGGAAAUUCAAGAAGCAACACUGUUACAGAAGAGAAUAUAUGGUUCCAUAGUCUUCAUGACACCUGUUACUCACGGAUCUGAGGUCUUAAAAGGGGUUGUCCUAUGAAAAAUAUUCUACAGGUUUCGAACCAGCCCCUGGAUCUGAAAACUUUUUGUAAUUGCAUGUAAUAAAAAAUAUAGCUUUACCAGUGAGUUUUUAGAGAGAAUGUAUUUGUAUGGUGCCACCUACUGUCUGAUUUAAAAAAAAUAAUAAUUUCCUUUUCUUUUUCCCGCUCACUGAGAUGGCCGCACAUGCUC